AAAAAUCGCAGGUGAGGAGUGACACGAGAAGUUUAGCAGGUGAAACUGGGAAGAUAUCAGAGGGGUUUUUUUUCUUCUCUUUUCUUUUGUCGUUUAUCUGCAUAAAUGUUCUUUUUUCACAACAUCGAAAAUAUGGAAAGGAAAUUUCCGUCAUAAAUAUUAAGGGGAAAAUCGUCUGCUCGUCGUUUCCAGGUGGAACCUAUGAAUGUGGAAAUGAAAAUACAUCUUUUUCUAAUAGUUUUAGUAUGAUUUUACGCAUUCUCACCCUAAAUUUAGUCAGGAUCUCCCAUUGAUCCGCUUAUGAUUUUUACCGUGCGAACGGGUUGUUCUAAAAUCCAAAACACGCAGAUACGUGGUCUGUCCUGGAGGGGGCAGCAGAGAGGCGGCCAGGAUCCGUCAGGUGACAGAGUAAGAGCGGUGACCCUGUUAGCAUGAAGCUAGGGACCGAAACUGAAGAAAAGGAAAGAAAAUGCCGAGAGUGCGAAGGAAGGCGGAGCUGCAGACUCUGACUGAGUGUCAGUAUUCUCAUCCCGCUGAAACUCUCGCGGACCUUCAGGAGGCUCGCUCUCGGUUUCCUGAUCUGUGUUUGUACGCUGAUUACUACUGUUUCCCAAACAAGGACACAAAAAAACUAGUCUUCCUGGCGGGCACGCUUCCUGUUUUAUAUGAAGGAAGUACAUAUAAUAUUCCAGUGUGUGUUUGGUUACACGUGACCCAUCCUGCGUCCCGCCCUCGCUGUUACGUUUGCCCGUCUGCCUCCAUGGUAAUCAACCCGUCCUGUCCCUGCAUUGAUGCUUCGGGCAACAUCAGUCUGGAUGGGCUCACCAGAUGGACUCGGGGUGUUUCCAGCCUAUCAGAACUGCUGGCUGAGAUGGUACAGGUCUUUCAAAGAGAUACGCCCCUUUAUACCAGGUGUCCGGUUCAAGCUCCGCCCCCUCCAGAUGUGCAUCUGUCAGCUGUCAAAGCUCCGCCCACCGCAAAUGUGCAAUUCUCAUCUGUCCAAGCUCCAUCUACUGCAGGUGUGCACCUGUCUCCUGUUAAAGCCCCGCCCCCUCCAGGGGAGCAUCUGUCUCCAGGUCAGGCUUUGCCCUCUCUUUCCAGCAUCCAAAACGUUUCCUCCAGAUCUCCCCCCCUGAAUAUACAGCUGCCCGCCCCCUCCUCCCACCUGAGAGGUCAUAAAGCCAAUGAAUGGGGUCCGAACAGUGGGAGGGGGCGUUCGUCAUACGUAGAAGAGCUGCAAGGAAUCGACUUCAGCGCCCCUCCUUUGUCCUCCAGCACUAACCCGUUCGUAGGUUCCUCUUCAUCAGGUGACACUCUCGUAGAGCCACUCAGCAGGACCAUGGCAGCUCUGAUUUUGGAAGAAGGAUCCAGCAAACAUCAUCCGGAUGACCUCCAAGUUCCAAGGAUCAAGUUUGGAGCAGCUGAUGACAGCACCACUACAGGUUCUGGAGCAGACUUCAGCAAGUUGGCAGCUCGGCUCCCAGCGGAGCAGGCGGCGGUCUUCCUGGCUUUGAUGACCCUGCAGGGGCAGAGUUUCAGUUCUGCUGAUGCUCUAGAAGCCGUCCAGCUCAACAAGGACUUCUCCUCAGCGCUCAAGUUCCUGACUCACACCUGCCCCAUCUGUCAUGAGCAGGUGUCCUUCAGCAAGAUCAUCACCAUGACUCACUGUUCCUGCUUCCUAUGUCAGACGUGCUUCAAGGCCUUCUUCUCUGUAGCCAUUAAGGAGCGCAGUGUGGACCACUUGGUCUGUCCUCAGUGUGGUAAGCCUGAGGUUCGAGCCCAGGGAGGGCUGGAGGAGGCCACGGACUACUUCAACCUGCUGGACACACAGAUUCGUCACUACUUGCCUGGUGACAUCCAUGAACUCUUCCAGAGGAAACUCAGAGACCGAACUCUUCGGGAGAUGCCCAACUUCUGCUGGUGCGCCCAUUGUUCGUUUGGGAUUCUCCACGAGGCGGAGCGCCUCCGGAUGGACUGUCCCAGCUGUGAGAAGAGCACCUGCUCUCGGUGCAGGUCACCUUGGGCCCCCGAGCAUCAAAGACUCUCGUGUGAGCAGUUCAAGGCUUGGCAGGAGCAGAACCAGCUGGACAAUCACAACUCCACCCCCAUCCCCAACAGCAUCGAAUGUCCCAGCUGCCGCUCCGUCUUUCUCCUGGCCAGAGGAGGCUGCCUGCAUUUCACCUGCACUCAGUGUCAGCACCAGUUCUGUGGCGGCUGUGCCAGGACCUUCACAGCAGGAUCCGCCUGCAGUUUCUCUGCUGACUGUGGAGCCAAAGGUCUUCAUGCCCAUCACCCCAGAGACUGCCUGUUUCACCUCAGAGACUGGAGCGUGAGCCGUCUCCUCCUGCUGCUACAGCAUUACAGAAUUACUCCAGCCUGGAUAAAACCAGCCGGUGGCAGCUCAUCUGGCAACACUCAGACAGCUGUAUGUUUGGUGUUGGAGCUCAGAGAUGAUGGCGGCAGACGGGAGGAGCCGUGUGGACGCCCAUCACCGCAGGGGUUUCAAGGUUACUGCCAAUUACACUAUAAGGAGCGUCUGGUGGAGCUGAUCAACCGUUUCCGUUGCGACCCUGCAGUCCUCUUCAGCCCAGCAGAGAUGGUUGCAGAGCUGCAGCGAUGGCGCGUUGCCGUGCCGACCGUGAGGCCUGAUGAGCCGGAGCCGUUGUACACACAUCGUCUGCGCCUUAAUCCUGACUGCAGCAGGAUGAUUAUUAAUGUUGACCAAUCACAUUCCACUUCGGGACUAACGGUGUUCUUCACGGACGCGGCUGAAGCCCCGCCCUGCACAUACUUAAGUAGUAGCUGGAGGACGUCUCCAUUAACCCUCCGCUGGGUGACAAUGACAUCAUCGAGGGUGUGAACAACCUUAGCUAGUAACUUCUGAUUAGCCUCUAGCUUCCACAGGAGCAAAGAUGUAAAACUCAUUAGGGAGCAAAAAACAUCAUUGAGCAGCUAAUUGAAGCUUACUUAACCAACACUAAGGAAACAAACACUCCAGGCGACGGGGUCAUGUGACCCAUCAGCAUGUUUGUUUGGUCAGAAAAGUUUCUGUAUUUAAACUGUUUAUUUAACAAAUAAAUAUAGUUUCCUGUU